UCUGCCCAAUGGUGCUUCUGCAGCCUAUGUGCCCUGGGCAUCCUCAUCUUCUGAUCUGGCCUUAAGUGGUGAAAUAGAAGCAAGAGUCUUAUGCAUGGUGGACAAGAUUGAGUUUUCCCGCUUCUAUAAAAGUGAAAGAAAUCAUAUAUCCCCCCACCUUAAAGAGAAAGUAAGUUUUAAAGAGGAAAGUAUGGCUUCAAACAGCGUAUUUGAGUCAUUUCCUUCUUACCAGCAGUGCUUCAUGAGAGAUACCAGCACCAGCCGCCGCUUCACGCCGCCCUCCACCACUCUGAGCCCCGGGAAGAUGAGCGAGGCGCUCCCGCUGGCUGGCCAGGAGAACAGCGGCGCCCUGGUGGGCAAGUUGAGAAGCGCAGACCGCAGCAUGGUGGAGGUGCUAGCGGAUCAUCCCGGAGAGCUGGUCCGCACCGACAGCCCCAACUUCCUCUGCUCAGUGCUCCCAACGCAUUGGAGGUGCAACAAAACGCUGCCCAUUGCUUUCAAGGUAGUGGCAUUAGGCGACGUCCCUGAUGGGACACUGGUCACAGUAAUGGCUGGAAAUGAUGAAAACUACUCUGCAGAGCUCAGAAAUGCUACAGCUGCCAUGAAAAACCAAGUAGCAAGGUUCAAUGACCUCAGAUUUGUGGGUAGAAGUGGAAGAGGGAAGAGCUUCACCUUAACCAUCACAGUCUUUACCAAUCCUCCACAAGUAGCCACGUAUCACAGAGCCAUCAAGAUAACGGUGGAUGGACCUCGAGAACCCAGAAGACAUCGUCAGAAACUAGAUGAGCAGACAAAGCCUGGGAGCUUGUCCUUUUCAGAGCGUCUGAGUGAACUGGAGCAGUUGCGUCGCACAGCCAUGAGGGUCAGCCCACAUCACCCAGCCCCCACACCUAACCCACGAGCUUCUUUGAGCCACACCACUGCUUUUAACCCUCAGCCUCAGAGUCAGAUUCAGGAUACAAGGCAAGUACAGCCAUCUCCUCCAUGGUCCUAUGAUCAGUCCUACCAAUACUUGGGCUCUAUCGCCACACCCUCCGUGCACCCGGCCACUCCAAUUUCACCUGGAAGAGCUAGUGGCAUGACAUCUCUCACUGCAGAACUCUCAAGCCGACUCUCAGGUGCUCCUGACCUAACAGCAUUCAGUGAUCCCAGAGUGGGAAUUGAUCGCCCAUUCUCCACUCUUCCUUCAAUUUCUGAUCCUCGUAUGCACUACCCCGGAGCAUUCACCUACACCCCAACGCCUGUCAGUUCAGGAAUAGGAAUCGGUAUGUCUGCAAUGACCACUGCCACCAGAUAUCACACCUAUCUCCCUCCUCCAUAUCCUGGUUCUUCUCAGUCUCAAGGCAGCCCCUUUCAGACCAGUUCCCCUUCGUACCAUCUCUACUACGGAACAUCAGCAGGGUCAUACCAGUUCUCAAUGAUGUCUGGAGGAGAUCGGUCACCUCCACGCAUCCUUCCUCCUUGCACUAAUGCAUCCACAGGGUCUACUCUCCUCAAUCCCAAUCUUCCUAAUCAAAGUGAUGUGGUGGAGGCCGAAGGUAGUCACAGCAACUCCCCUACCAACAUGGGCACCACAGCAAGGCUGGAAGAAGCAGUAUGGCGACCAUAUUGAAUUAAUUAUAAGUAGCGAUGGGCCAGGACUAAAGUGCUUCUUAUCUCCUGAUGCCCAUAGGUAUCCCAUAAAUACCUUUCUUGCCUAUGGGCACUGCCAUGUUUAUACAUCACUUUCAGAAGCAAACUAUCCAGAAGUCAGUACUUCAGGAAUGACAUAGUGGUGUUAGCCAAUCAAUGAAGGGAUGUCAUUCCAGAAAAGUAGCCUUUUUCAAAGGGCUGACGUUCUGGAAAGGAGAACAUUUAAGUUGGUCUAGAGAUAAGGAAGGUGGGUAGACAGACACCCAGGCCGUUUUCGGACCAGAGGCCUCCAAACGUCUUUGAUUUUGGAGGUCUACAAAGUCCUAAAGAGUAGUUCACUUAUUAUUUUAAGAUUUACAAUCUAACACAAUCUUAGUGAGUAUACUUAAUCAUAUGGACGUGUUAGUUAUAAGGAAGGUAUAGGAAGAUUCCCAGAGGGAAACUGUGAAUGCUUCUGAUUUAGCAAUGCUGUGAAUGAGAAGUUUUAUAUCUUGGACAUUGACUUUUUUACCAAGUUAUAUAUUCCAAAGAGUAUGGAUUUUUUAUUAUUAUUAAUUUUUUAAGGAUGCAACUCAUCCUGCUUUGCAUCUAACUUCUUUUAUUUCUUUCUUGGCACCUUAUACAUUGCAAAAAUAUUUCACUUUAAAAAAAAAUCAUGCUUGCUUUUUAUUGCUUUGUCAACCGAAAGAAUCAGCCCCUUUUCGAUGAGGUAAUUUAACUUUUUCUUUUGGACCUUUUUUUAAAAGAAAUGGCUACAGCCUUAGGUCAUUUUCAACUACUGUACUAUUAUGGUUUUCUCAAUAUUUAUGCUUGAUGUUUAGACUUUUCUUAUUUGUUGAUACUAUUAAUAUUUAAAUAUGCUCUUUUUUGGUAGCAGCCAAAGUUAAAUCUAUAACAUGAAAAAAGGCUGAGAUAAUGAUGGGUAAUGUGAUGUCUAGUUAUCUAGCCAUAUUGUUUACAUUUGCUCCAUUUAUUUAAUCCACCAUUUAAACCCCCUAUAAAGUCGUUCUUUUCCUCUGCUGGUCUUUCAACAUCAAGUGUCACUUUAAGGAUCAGCAGUAUGGAAGUAUAUAAUUUGUAAAGCAGACAAUGGUGCCAUGCCUCUCCCUUCAACCAAAUAUUUAGAGCCAUAUUCUGCUAUUGAUCCUGCCUGGGCUUCUUAUUGACUGUAGCAAGAGUCAAGCACUUAUUCAAGAACAGAAACUAGCAGUAGUUGGCACUCAAAAGGUGAAAUCCUGGUGCCAUUAAAGUUCAUUGGAGGUUUGCCAUUGAUUUAAAUUGGGUCAGGACUUCACCCACAGUUCCCAGUACGAUUCUCUCCAUACCAGUGUACUCAAAAAUAAACCAAACGAACAAAUCACAAGUAAAUGGAGGUGAAAAGUGCUUAUCAGAUUCAGCUGGAAACCAGAAUUUCAAACAAAUGGAGUUAAAAAUUUCUGUGGUCAUAGUUCUGAAGGAAGAAUAUUCAAAACUGGUGCACAGAAUAUUCUGUCCUGUAGAAAAAUUGUAAUGCAUUAUAAUAGUACUAAUCUGCUAGUAUGGAGUCAUCACUGUUGCCCAUCAUUAACAGCACAAACAUAUCAGAUGUCACUGUAAAUUUUAAGGCACUAUUUUAUUGGAGGGUUUGGUCUGAAUGCAUUUGUUGUACUACUCAUUAAUUACAAACUGCUGAUGUUGACGUGUGCAUUCAAAAUGAUCAGAUUGUUAUUUAAUGUACCUCUUAAAUUAGUGAAACAAUUGCAGGUCAACUCAGAAGAGUAUUUGAAAGCAGGACUUCAGAUCAGUGUUUGUUUAAAAAAGUUAAAAAGGAUUUGAAUUACAAAGAUCCUUGGCUGCAGGCAGCAAAACAGCUGGACUUAUUUAAAAAAAUUGUUUUUCAAGUUUUCUUUAUAUAUAUAUAUAUAUCUAUAUAUAUCUAUAUGUGUGCGUGUGUGUGUAUGUUAGGUUUUGCUUCUUUGUUUUGGUCAGAUGCAGUAGCACUUUGGAAUAAAACAAAUUACAAAUUGAAGCAUCUAACAUGGUCAACAAGGUCAUUCUCAUGCAGAAAAUGAGGAAUGUUUCAAACGAUCUGAGCAGAAUCUCUAAGUUGUUUUCUUAUUUAAAAUAGUCAUUGUCCUUUUAAUUCAGUAUAAUAAUUGUAUUUUGCUAAGAACAAAAAAGUGGAAGACACAGACAAACUGUGUAUUUAAAAAAAAAUUAAAGUAUAUUUUGAAAGUACGGUGAACAUACUGAACUUACAGCAGCCUUUGCGACAGUUUGCAUAGCUAGUCUCUCUUGUUUCCAGUGACCUUGAAAAAAGGCCUUCUUCCCUGCUUAGACCAGGUAUGGGCAAUAAGCGUUCCUCAGAUCAGACGCAGUUUGUCAAGGUUAGCCCCUAGUGGGCUGCCAGACACUUUACUUACCCAUGCGUCUGCAGGAAUGGCCACUUGCAGCCACUGUUGGCCACAGUUUGCUUUUCCUGGACAAUGAGAGCUGUGAGAAGUGGCAUGGACCUGAACACCGCAUCUACAGCUCCCGUUGGCUGGGAAUGGUGAUCCACAACCAACAGGAGCUGUGAGUAGCCAUACCUGAAGAAGCAAAGUAAAUAAAGCAUCUGGUGGGCUGCCAUGGGCUAACCCCCAUGGGCUACAUAUUGCCUACUCCUGGCUUAAACUAUAGAUUCACUAGAGAAUGUACACAAUUCCACAUGAAAAAUUAUAAAUUGGCCAUUAAGCAAACCACGUUUGCCUUUUGAAAACCAUCCCCCUCCCCCUUAAUGCCCAGUAGCCAUGUACUUUGUUUUUAAGGAAUUGUAUUCAUCAGCAACAAAGGAUGAGGACAAUAUAUGUGGCGUGUCUUUGAGACUGUACAAAAGCACUUAGUAGGUGAAAGAAGGAAGUUUAAGCAAGACAUUUCCAGUAUUUGUGCAGCUCUAAAUUAAUUGAGUUUUAUCAUUCCUGUCAUUGCAUUAAAUCU